AUGCAUUUAGCUGGCAACGCAAAGCGCGCAGUGGGCGGUCUUGGCUCGCAGGGGAAAAUGUAUGCAACCGCGCUAAAAACUCUUAAAGAACAGUUUGGCCAACCCAGUGUCAUCGCUAGAGCGUAUAUCAACAAAUUAGUCGACGCGAGUGAAAUUCAAAACAAUGAUAGACAGGCUUUACAACAAUUGUCUUUCGAUUUUGCAAAUUGCGUAGCAACGCUGAAACAAAUUAACCAUGUCGCGGACGUCAAUGCCACCGAUAACCUCAGAAAUAUCAUAAAACGACUUCCGGAUCACAUGAUAGAUCAAUGGAAAGCUGUAGCCUCAGACCUUAGAGAAAAGGGAGAGACCCCGUAG